GGGAGUCGCAGCACCGCCGUUCCUUAGGCAAAGUGAAAUAAAUUCGCCGCACCGACACAAAAAGUAGUCCCCUUCCCGAACACGUUUCCCCGCCGCCGCGCUUCGCCGAUCGGCUCCGUUUGACCAACUUUAACGGCGACGCCCGCAGACGUCGAGCGCUCGGUCGCCGGUAAACGAGCGUCCGUCCGACGGGGAAGUAGUUGUUGUCUCCCCCUUCCUCCAGCUCCGCGGCGCAGGGAUCCAUGCGGUGCUGAGGCUCAGCUGAAUGAGAUUGAAGAAGAGUUCUUCUUGUUUUGUAGCUUCAGUUUCUCUGUUUUUACUCGAUUUUCACCAAAAGCAGAGAUUCGUCGUGCUCCGGAGCUCCGGGAGCGGCAGCAGUCUCCGGCCUCCCCGCGCGCUGCGGCUGCACCGCGGAUCGGCUCCCGGGACAUAUUCAUUCCAUUCAGCCGGAGGAGGACUGCUGCUGAGGCAGCACAGAGGGGUGGAGUCCAGUCCCACAGCCCGGUGCGGCACUUUAAUGCUUCAGUUGGAUGGUUUUCCUACUGGACUCGCUGUUAAGGCUGAUCGAUCGGCUGGCAGACUGACUGGAUCCAUGAUGGAGCUACAGACGUUGCAGGAGGCUCUGAAGGUGGAGAUCCAGAUCCAUCAGAAACUGGUUGCCCAGAUGAAGCAGGACCCGCAGAACGCAGAUCUGAAGAAGCAGCUCCAUGAACUUCAAGCGAAGAUCACAGCUCUGAGUGAGAAGCAGAAAAAGGUGGUGGAGCAGCUGAGGAAGGAGCUGAUGGUGAAGCAGGAGCCGGAGGUCAAGCUGCAGCUGCAGACUCCUCCAGCAGGGGGAGACAUCAAGCCGGUCAGCCUGCUGCAGAGCCAGCAGAUACCUGGAGGACUGCAGCAGACGCUCACCGUGACGCCGGUCCUCACCACAAAGACUCUACCUCUGGUGCUAAAAGCUGCCGUCACCCCCGCCCUGCCCGGCUCCAUCCUGCCGCAGCGCCCCGCCACCAUUGCUGUGGUGACCACCGCUAUCUCCAAACCCGACUCGCAGAACGCCCCCAUCAACCUGCAGGUGGCCGGAAAGCUGACCAGUCAGAGCUCGGAGCCGGUGCGACUGGUGUCCAAAAACGCCAUGGUGGUGCAGGCCACCACCACCUCCACCUCCUCCACCACCGCCCAGCCAAUCAAAGUUCCUCAGUUUGUCCCUCCUCCUAGACUGACGCCUCGACCCACCUUUCAGCCACAGGUCAGGCCCAAACCGACCACACCCACUAACAUCCCCAUCGCCCCGGCCCCUCCCCCGCCCAUGAUGGCGGCCCCCCAGCUGCUCCAGAGGCCCGUCAUGUUGGCCACCAAGCUGUCGACCUCGCUGCCCUCGGCCGCUCCCAUCCACCAGGUCCGCAUCGUGAACGGGCAGCCCUGCAGUAAAACAGGCUCCACCCCCCUGACGGGCAUCGUCAUUGCCACGUCCGUCUCUGCCACGCCCACCUGCCUAGUCAGCCCCGCCCAGGCACUCAACCCCACCCCCACUCCUGUCCAACCAAUCCAGAUCAGCAGCCUGACCACCGAGCCCAAGACUGUGAGAUCAGGAGGCGGAGGCGAGCAGAAGGUCGUCGUCAGCCUCGCCUCCUCCUCCUCCACUCCUCCGUUGUCUCCAGCUCCCAGACCUAAGAAAGAGGAGAACCCAGAGAAACUCGCUUUCAUGGUGUCGCUGGGGCUCGUGACACACGACCACCUGGAAGAAAUUCAGAGCAAACGACAGGAGCGAAAGAGGAGGACGACGGCGAACCCGGUGUACAGCGGAGCCGUGUUCGAACCCGAGAGGAAGAAGAGCGCGGUGAGUUACCUGAACAGCCCUCUGCACCAGGCGACCAGGAAGAGAGGUCGCCCACCCAAAUACAGCAGCGUCCCGGAGCUGGGCAGCCUCACCCCGGCCUCCCCCUCCAGCCCCGUCCACCCCCUCCCCCUGCCCAGCCCCAGCUCUGGGGAUGGAGACAUCCAUGAGGAUUUCUGCACUGUGUGCAGACGCAGUGGCCAGUUGCUCAUGUGCGACACGUGUUCUCGUGUUUAUCACCUGGACUGCCUGGAUCCACCCCUGAAAACCAUUCCUAAAGGCAUGUGGAUCUGUCCAAAAUGCCAAGAUCAGAUCCUGAAAAAAGAAGAAGCCAUUCCCUGGCCUGGAACUCUGGCUAUUGUUCAUUCCUACAUUGCCUACAAAGAAGCUAAAGAAGAAGAGAAACUGAAACUGAUGAAGUGGAGUUCUGAACUGAAACUGGAGCGAGAGCAGCUGGAACAAAGAGUCAAACAGCUCAGCAACUCCAUAACAAAAUGCAUGGAGACCAAAAACACCAUCCUGGCUCGUCAGAAAGAGAUGCAGCUUUCCCUGGACAAAGUCAAACACCUCAUUCGCCUCAUCCAAGCCUUCAAUUUCAACCAAGCUCUGGCAGAGACAGAGGGUAAAGACAUCAGUGCCAGAGUCCAGGACAGUGCUGAACAUGCACUCGGCUCUGAAGCUGCACCAGAAGCCCCGUCUGGUGAGAAAGUGAAGGCUCCAAGCUCCUUGACAAACAGCAACAAGGAUGGAAACGACAAACAAGAGCAGCACGGAGACGCGGGCAGCAACCAGACAGCAGCAGCAGCAGCAGCAGCAGCAGCAGCAGCAGCAGCAGGAGACACCAAGGACCAGCCCGUCCCUGAAGACGGCACAGACCGAGCAGCAGAUACCAGCCCCAGUGUAGGGGCAGGGGGUAAGGACGGGCUGGUUGCAGGGGGUAAGGGUGUGCCGGGUGUAGGGGCAGGGGGUGAGGACGUGCCGGGUGUAGGGGCAGGGGGUGAGGACGUGCCGGGUGUAGGGGCAGGGGGUGAGGACGGGCCGGGUGUAGGGGCAGGGGGUGAGGACGGGCCGGGUGUAGGGGCAGGGGGUGAGGACAGGCCGGUUGUAGGGGCUAAGGGUGUGCCUGGUGUAGGGGCAGGAGGAGGAGGUAACACAGGGAUUGGUAAACAGUCAGAGGUCAUUGCCAAGUAUGAGACGGCUCCGGUGGUUGACAUUCCCGCCACUUCAGCGGUGGUGACUGUUGUUGCCUGCACCAAUGGUACGGCCGAGCCAGCCUGCCCUGACCGGGACCCCGCAGGAGACUGCACCACCAACACCAACUCUGAGAACAAGAUGGCUGCUGUCAACCCUCCAGAGACCGCAGUGGAGAAGAAACAGGAGGAGAUCACUGACAGUGAUGGCAGCAACACCAACAACAGCAAAACCUCAGAACCCUCCCAGCAUUCUUUGCCAGCUCUUGUCAGUAGUUUGGACAAUAAAAAGUAACGCUGCGUCUCUUGAUUUGCGGGAAUUCAAACAUAUAUAUAUUAAAAAAAAAAGACUUUUGCUUGCACCGCACGGUGCCCUGAAGUUGCCAAUCUGUAUAAAUGUUGUUUGUUUGCAUUGUAUUGUCAGACUGUGUCAAUGGUAGAUAUACAGCCCAAGUCACAUGACUCUGGGAAGGCGUAGGCUGUUCGCCCACAGACCCGGGAACAUUGAAGGCCUGCGCUCCAGGGUCAUCAUGCCAAUUAGUGAUAGACGUCAGUGGUCGGAAUGCUCAAAGGGAGAUUUAACUCAUCACACCAGUGUGUGCCUGUUCUAACGGCCCCUGCUUUCUCUCGUGGGAUUCCCAUGAGUACGAAGAUAACCAAGAACAUGGAACCAAACAUCUGUCAGGGGUUACUGGUCUAAAAAGCAGUGUUGUGAUGGAGCUCAGACAAAAACCUGUUAAUCCCCACGUCCCAAUCCCCACGUCCCCAAUCUCCUGAAUCUCCUUCAUUAACCCAAACUUCGACCUCCUUCAAACCCUCAUCAGCUUCUCCUGAUGACUAAAAGGCUAACGUACCUGCCCAGUCCUCCAGCAGUCACUGUGACCUCCCAAUGUAAUCCAGAAGGGUUCGGAGUGCUUCAGAUCCACUCCACCUGAACGGCCUCACUCAGACUCAAAGGCCUGACGUUGUUCAGAGGAGUGAGGUGCAAUGAAUCAUAGAAGUGGUCUUGCAUUUUGUUGUUGUAAGACAUCAACAUCAACAAGAAUUGUUGGAAGGUUUCUAAUUUGGUAGUCACCCCCUCAGUACCAAAGUCAGGAUGGCCCCAUUCAACAAGGAUCAAACUUCAUCUGAAGGAUUCUAGACCUUUCCCGAACCUCCCUAUCAACCAAUGACUUAAACUGUCUUCAGUCAACAGAAAAUAUUAGUUGCAAUAACCUUUCCCCAGUGGCAAAACCCAAUCGUACCUUUCCCUGAUAAAGUAGACGUCUACAAAACCUGGUGGGCAGAGACCCCUAAUUCUGGCCUCAGGACGGCGUGGACGAGGUUUCAGACGAUCCAACAAACUCUUUGUGAGAGGCAUUUCGAUGCCUUUAAACCAGCGCACCUAACUUCCAAAUGAGCUUCUGACAGAAACCACGUUCAUCCUAAAUAUAAAUUUACCUUCUGCAGUUUGCCAACAGCCCAAUUUGAGCUGGUGGAACCCAAAGAGUCAUGAGCACACUUCCUCAGUCUAACAGCUUUUUCCGUAGAGCAGAGCGAGAUGUGAGGAAUUCUAAAAAUGUAGACGGUGCCAGUAGACUUGAUGGAGUUGCACUCCGUUGUUAAGUCGUACUACUUAGGUUAAUUACUGGUUAAGGAAAGUUAGACACAGCUUCCAAAUUCUAAAUUUGGAAAGGUCUGUGGGAAAACUGCAUCAGACAUCAACAAAAGCUGGUGGACACGAGGCCCAAGUCUUUUGAAAGAUGUGGAUGAGUUUUCAGACGCCGUUUGACGAAACAUUAUUAUAAUAUUUGACCAGUGAACCUAACUCACUAAUCUGCUUCUGACUAAAACUACGUCCAUUCAUUCGCCCAAAUGCACCUUCCCCAAUAAACUAAAGACUCCGCCAGUUGUCUGGUGACCAAAGGUCCCAUCGACCCCCGGUACCCUCCCCUCCCCCUCACUCCCCCUCCUGUCUCCCUGAGCUCCGGCAGCAGCGACGCUGAGCGACAUGUGCGGAGGACGAGCAGAUGUUUUCAGUGGUGUCGGUCAAGUGUAGUGAUUGAGUUUUUCAUUUGUGAGUCAAGUGUCAACUGUGAGCACUAAAUGUGAAAUUGCAAUAUUGCAAUGUCAACACACAAAUUAUAUGUGGGCUGUGAUUCUUUUUAUAGGAAAAGAUAUUCAGGUCUUCCUAGUCUUCAGAAAUAAGUGCUUUCUGUUCCUGAACCUGCUCGACUGGCGUUUUCCACACAGAGUGACGAUCUCUGCAUUGUGUACAUUUCUGUAGAAUCCUGAACUGCCAAAAUGAUUUAUCCAAAUUCAGCAGGGACACGCCCACUUCCUGUAUUGAAUGAUCAGAUCGUUGGCGUUGUUAGAUAUAAAUCGGAAGUCCCCAGAUUGAGGCAGGAGAGCUUAUUAAACAAUAUCAUUCAAAGAACUUUCUUUUCCUUGAAGUGACGGGAUUUGUGGAAUGAACCUGCUUCUUCUCAAAGGGAGAUUCCACAAAUCCUCCGACUAAAGCACAAGCUCGCUGCUGUACCAGGCAGUGCUGAGCUUUUUGUAUGUUGAUAUUAACAGAGUAUGCAUUUCUUUGUUGUGAUGUGACUUAUCCCCACAUUGCCAAUAUUUUUCUAGGAGGAAAUACAAACCUCUGUGACAGUAAGGCUGGAGUGUAGGUCAUGUUCUCUUCUCUGGAGCAUGUCGGGCUGAAGCCCGGUGCCGUUGUUCCGUGGGGAACCUCGUCGUGUUGUUGGCGCUGCCUCGGUUCUGCUGGAACCUUUUGGAGUUUGGGUUUUCUUUGCCUAAUUUUCAGUCGUCCACAAAACGUAUUCUCCCUGGAGUUCACGGUUCAACUGCCUCAUCUUCGGCUGUAGAACAUCUUCACCUUGUGCUUCUAUUGUUUGUCGACUGUUUUGUUGGUUGAUUCAUUUGCGCGGUCAUGCUAGCAGCUUUAUCUUUGAAAGCCGACGUGUCGUCUGUCGUUGGUCCAACGCCUCGGCCUCAGUUCUCUGGCUCCCUAACGUUUCCCUUCAUCCUGUUAAAAUCUUGACACAAACUUUUGCUCAGAGGAACUUUUCCAGGUUGUUGUGUGAACGACGUCAGAGGACCGACUGUAACGACUAGACUCCGACCGAUACUGGGAAGUAGAAAUUUCUGAUACCGGUAUAUCGGCCGAUAUAUAUAUAAAUUAUUUUCAAGAAUUGAAUGUUGUUAUCAAAAACCUUAUGACAAUGAAGUUUUAUUGAGGCUUAUUAUUUUACAGUUUAACCAUGAACUUCAUUGUAAACAACUAUAGAUACAAAGAAAAUUGACAUAACUUGAAUUAAGAAAAUUAAAUACAACAUCAAUUCACAACUCCUUUGUUUUCAUAUCAGCGUAGAUCCUGAUAUCGUCUGUGAAAGACUCAGAAUAUCUGUUGAUCCUCAGACUUUUUAUCAGGUUGACGGUUAAAUUCCUGCAGAACUAAUGACGUUCUCGUCCGCCGACGCCGUUCACCACUAACGAGCUAAUGUGAGGGUGCUAACAAGCUAAGCUACAUGGUCAGGACUAUACCUGUUAGCAUUGUCAUAAUUAGCAUGUUAGCACACUGAUGUUGACAGAGCUGCUAGCGUGACCUGCGGUGUGAUCGGUUGUUGGGACGUGGCGGCGUCUCUUCAUAUCACAUGACUGAACCAUAUCUGACGUCAAGUACAAACUGGUCUCAUGUCCAGUGAUGAUGUUCUGAGGACACUGACCCGGUUCCCUGUGAGAAGCGUCUGUAGUGUUUGGUUCUGUCGGGUGGUCGUGUACUUUCUCUCUGUCGUCUCUUCACCUUUACGUUGGACCCGAACACGCCGUCCCUCUGUACAGUAGGUACCUCGAGUGCCUUUCUUCAAACAGCAGAUAAUAUUUGUCUCUUGACUUGCACUGUGACUUGUAGAACCUUACUGACCCCACCCGCCCCCCACCCGCAGACCUCCGGCUGCCGGUCGAGUCAUUUCAUGUGACCACAGUGUUCUGUUGUUAUUUGAUAGAGGAGUUGCCUUAAAUGUCUUUUAUUUUCCUUUUAUGUGAUUCAACUUUUACAUUUUGGGGUUAAAAAAUAAAAUCUGUGCCGACGGCAGCAGGUCAAAGGUCGUAAGGUUGAAAACCUGGUCGUCGUCGGUCGAUAACGUUCAAGUGUUGAUGAUGACAUCUUGUUCUGUGACGCACUUUUUCUUUGACCAGUAUUAUCAUCAUCAGAGUGGCGGCGGCGGCGGCGGGUGCACUCGUGUGGAGCUGGUGUGGUUUGUAUUCGGAGUCGUUCUUCGUUCCCUCCGUGGUUCUUGUUGGUUCUGGAGGAGUUUGCUGAACCAGGUCUCGUGAGCUGGAGCUCGAGCAAACGGACCUGCUCCCCGACGACGGGCCGACUUCCACCCGUCCGGCCGCUCGCUCCAGCUGAACGCAUGCCUUCUUAUGCAAAUUUUUAUACAAGAUUUGUGGAACCUUUUUUAAUAUGCAUCGUGUUUUUGUUUUUUUAAGUUUGAAGUGAAACUCGUCACCUUGUUUUAUUCCUCCAACACGCGGACGCCUGACGUGAGCAGGUCAGCUGGGACAGUGCGUCGGCUAUUUUAGACGGAUUCAUUUCUUCCUGUCGGCGUGUUUUCUGGGAGGAGCUGAAAUAUUUGUUUGUCCUUCGCUUAGAUUUGAAUCUGAACUGGGCCCACCCACCGGGGGGGUCGGACUCUAAAAGUGAAUUUAUCCAAAGAACACUGAAGAGUACGUUUGUGUCGCUGCAUCGUCUGAUAUGAAUCUGCGUUUUCCGAGCGGAAGAAAGUCUUUUAUGCAUGAAACAUGUUGGAAACGUCCGGUUUCACGUUUUAGUUUUCAAACGAUCGAGUCAUGAUUGUGGCCUUGUAGUAUUUUGUGGAUACAUGACGUCAGUCCGUUGUCACCGCCCGACCCGACCCGACCCGACCGCUCACCUGAAGCUUCUUACCUCAUCACAGCUGUUUCCAUGACGACGUGUCGAGUGCAAAAAAAGUGACCAGAAAACGAAACCAGUCUUUUUUUAUCUUCCAUUGGGUGAGAUGCAUUGUAGCGAUGUGAAUACAGGAGCUGAAUAACGUGUAAAUUGGUAAUUACACAAUCUGAAUAUUUGUAUAAUUGUUUGUAUUUUUUCAUAAUGAUUUUGGAAAGGAAUGUGUUUAUUUUUUUGACUUGUGUUCCAGAUGUGUCUUCUGUUGGCCUGACAUUGUGACGGUCUGGUGGGAUUCUUACCUCUGUAUUGAGCCUCUUCUCUUCUGUGAUGAUCUUUGUAUGCAGUGUUUAGGAAAAAAUACUGUGGGGAAAUGGGAGGAGUCGAUAUUAGGAGCAUUUGAUCAAUUUGUAUUUAUUUAUUUUAUCAUUUUGUUAAUAAAUUGUGAAAAGCA